GCUCACAGCUCUUCUCACCGCCGCCGCAGCCGUAGUAGAACCGUAGUGCAGUACUAGAACGAUCGCGUGCGCGAGUUCACGACUCAGGCAGGACUCAGCAGCGUGUUCUUGACUUAGUCGACUAGUAGUGGUCACUGUCCGUGUCAUUCGACAGCUAGCCAUCGCGGGCCGCGGACGUGUUUUGGAAAUUCGGUUCCUUCCACCCUCGGUUCGAUUUAGUGUUUCAGUAGUUGUUUGUGUGCGUGUGUUUUCUUGCAAGUGUGUAUGUUCUAAUCGGUUCUGACCUGGAGACAUCGUCGUCGGUCGUCGUCAAUUUUCCGGGAAUCUUAAUUGCCAGUGACCCGCAGAGGGCAGAUGCAUUCUGAAGCAGUGAGAGUGGGGAUAUAAAGCAGCAGUUCCUGGUCACCGAGCUGGUCAAUCGUAACCUGACAGGGAAAGGAUCCGUACGCAGUUGGUGAAUUUCUUCGUGAAAAUAAUUUGAGGAAAAUUUAUGUGAGCAAUUUUGCGCUUUCCUGAUUUUUUGUGAAGAUUGUUUCGUGCUUGAGAAAACGCAAUACCAUUUUUUUUGUGAAAAUUUUGCAAUUGACGGAUUAACCUUCAACCUUAAAUGCAAAUCAAGAAUGUCAGUGAAAUUGCAUUCUUUCAGUGAUCAAUCAGCAGUUACAGUGGAAACAAGCCGCAGCCAAAAUCAGUGGACGAAACUAAAUUUAACGAAAAAAAAUUAGAAAAAAAGGAUACCUCUUCAGUGAAACCUGUUCCCAACGCACUGCAAACCUCGCGAUCAACAAUUUUUCGAGGAUUAUUCUGAACCCAGCCUGCCGUCGACAAGCACCAAGGACCUGUGCUGAAAUCUCGCACCUGAAAUUAUCCCGUCCCCACGAGCAACGCUGCCAGUUCCGGGUCACGGCUUCCGCGGCCGACCAUCACGCCGCCCACAAUUGACGGGUACAGUCCGUACCGGAAGACGGCGCCACCGGAGAGACACCCCGGAAGACCCCCCGGCCAGUCCAACCAGCACCAUAUCCACGGGAUGGGAUUGCACAAAAACUACCUGAAAGUUGGACACAAUGCCAGUAAUCAGCUGUUCGGCCUGCCACCACGUGGCCCCAGUGGCCCUACGCCGCUAUCGAUGCUUAUUUCGCAGGGAGCGAAGUUCAACAACAGUCGCUUAGCAGUAAUUAUAUUCGGGAUAGCUACCCUCAUCGCUGGUGUGAUAUUAUCUUCGGUUCCUUGGUUAAAUAUUUUUAUUAUGAAGAAUUUAAGAUUAUGGAAUGGCACACUCAGCUUCCACUAUUGGCAGCGACCCGGUGUCACUAGGUUAACUAAGGUGUAUAUUUUUAACGUAACCAAUCCGGAGGGGUUUCUCACCGGUGAAAAGCCAAAACUAGUUGAAGUAGGACCGUUCGUUUAUAGAGAAGAUAUGGAAAAAGUGAAUAUCAAGUUCCAUGACAACUACACUGUAACAUACCAGCACAAGAAAAUCUUACAAUUUGUUCCUGAGCUAAGCGUAGAUAAGAACCAACGAAUAACGACACCAAAUAUUCCACUGCUGACCAUCUCGACCCAGAGCAACUACCUGGGCUACUUCCUGACGAAGACCAUCUCGCUGGUGCUGACGGCGACCAAGUACAAGCCCUUCAUUUCACUAACCGCGGACGAGCUGGUGUUUGGGUACGACGACACGCUCGUGAGUCUGGCGCAUCGGUUCUACCCCCGAAAUCGACGGCCUAUGUCACAGAUGGGGUUGCUGAAUGGGCGGAACGGCACCCUAACGGAAUACGCCACCAUGCACACGGGCCACACGGGGAUGGAAAAGUUCGGCUACUUUGACAAACUGAACGGCCUCGACCACAUGCCCCAGUGGGAGAAGGAACCGUGCUCGAGCAUCGAGGCGUCCGAGGGUUCGUUCUUCCCGCCGCGGGAGGUCACCAACUCGGACGUGGUGUACAUCUACGACAAGGACCUGUGCCGGUCGCUGCCGCUGGUCUACCGCCACCCGGUCGAGAAGGAUGGGAUUGGAGCGGAUCUUUACACCCUGGCGGAGGAUGCGUACGGGCCACCGAAUGAGAACAACAGCUGCUACGACCACCCGGAUUACAAGAAGUACCAAGGUCUGCAGAACAUCAGCCCGUGCCAGUAUGGGGCUCCCGUGUACAUCUCUAAUCCGCACUUUUUCCAGUCGGACCCACAGCUGUUGGAUGCAGUCGAGGGGUUGAAGCCCGAGAAGGACAUUCAUCAGACGUUCUUCAAAAUUCAACCAAAACUUGGAGUACCUCUGGAGGGUCAGGUCCGCGUCCAGCUCAAUCUUCUAGUCGAGGAGUCAUCCAACGUGAUGGCGACCAAACACUUCAGGAACUUUGUCUUCCCGAUCAUGUGGCUCGAGGAGGGCGUCAGUGAACUCACACCGCCGAUCCGGCGCUGGAUCUACCUGGCCACGGUGUUCGCCCCGACGGCGUUACCGAUCGUGUCCUACGGCGCGAUCCUGACCGGAACCUUCGCGCUGAUCUACGUGUUUGUGCGCGCCUACAAGAACUUUGUGUUCACGUCGGAUCCCGCGACCGAGUUCCUCGAGAUGGGCCGACGGUCGAUCCGCCGCGGCAGCAGCAUGAUCAUCAACGGCCAGCACCGGAUCCUGCUCCAGCGGGACAGCUACAUCCUGCUGAACAACAACAACGUCAACGGACUGCACAACAACAAUCUGCACAACCAGGAGCAACACCAUCAUCGCAACAAGGACCAAAGUUUGCUCAGCGAGGACGAUUCGCCGGCCUAAGUCGGGGCUCGGUGACCUUGCGCCACUCGAUCUUGCCAGAACUACUUAGGAACCAGAACCAGAAGAACCAUUAUUCUAAUCAUGUUUGGCGACUUUUUUCGCCCUCAAUACGCGGUAAAACAAUACGGUGAUAGAGACUGUGUUUCAUUAUUGUGUGUUUUUAAGUUACUUCUCCCUAAUAUAGUCUAAUUUCAAACCGUUUCAAAUUCCAUCGAUGCUCAUUCCAAAUGACGAUUGCUCAAGUUAUCUAGAACAAUAAAUUGUAUACAUUCCGAUGUUUAUCAUUUUAUCAAGAAAAAAAAAGUUAGAGAUUACACCAUAAGUCAUCUUUAUUGUCAAAAGCGAUCGUUAAACCACCUGUAAAUAAAUCUCAACGAUACGCUUAACUUAGGUUAGUUCUAGUGAAUAAUUCAAUUGUAUGAACAUUGUUUGAACUGUUUGCUCUGUAAAUAUACAUAUAUUUUGUACAUAUUUCUUCAC